CUAAUCCAUUGAUUUGAGGCUUCCCAGGAACACCUGAAAAUUAAGCAAAUAAAUAAGGUGGACAACACUCCACACAGAAAGAGGGAGAGAGAGGUGUCUGACUCUGAAGGUAACCCCCCCUCUCCCCCCACAGGCCUUCCUCUAACUCCUCCCUCCUGCCUCUCUCCCAGGCCUUCCCUCUGCUCCCCAGCCUUUUCCCAACAUCCUCUCCCCCAUUCAGUCAUAGAGGCUUUCAACCAACAAAUGUUUUUUGAGUGUCUCCUGCAUUCUUGGCAUCAUGGCAGCAACCCCUGACAAGACCAGGUCCCUGGCCUGAUGGCAAUGAGAGUCUGGGGCAAAGUCAGGAAAACUAGGGAGGCACACAAUAAACAAACAUUAACUAUGUAAUGGAAGACAGGGUGAUAGGAUAGGGUAAGUGGUCAGGAAGGAAGGUCUCUUUGAGGAGGUUUAAGGCCAAGAAUUGGAAUUUUUGCGCAAAGCCCACUAGGUAAGGAGUCAGGGAAGAGUGUUCCAGGGAGAGAAAACAGCAAGCGCAAAGGCCCUGAGGCAGGAAAGAGCUUGUUGGGUUUGAAGAACUAGAAGGUCGCUGUGGCUGGAGCCUGGUACAUGAAGGGGAAGGAGAGGAAAUGAGAUGAGUGAUGAAGGCAGGGCUGGGUCACUUAGAGCUCGGUAGUUUGUGGUAGGGAGGGUGGGUUUUGUUCUCAGUAUAACGGGAAGCUUUCUGAAGGCUUGAAGCAAUGCCUUGAUGGUGGUUGGCGCUGCUAGUUAGAGAAUGGACCUUGUAUGAUAGAGGGAGGCAAGGAAAAACAGGGAGAUCCAUUAGGAGAUGUAGCAGUUUUCUGGGUGGUAGGAACAGAGACAGAGGGCCAUCAUUAGGACAGGUGAUCAAGAAGUUUAGGGGCCUAAGGGUCCUGGGAGAGGACUCUCUGGCCAGUAGACAAGGAGAACAGGGUCUCUGAGUGAUGGGGCUCUAAAGUGCAAGGGAAGAAAUGAAACCCCAGCACUUCUGUUCAUAGUGGGUCGUUUCCCUUGCGGGAAGUUUCAGCUUCCUGAUUCUGGGGCUCUUUGUGAGAUGGAAUUUGGGGCAAGAAAGUGUGGGACAGAGUAUUGGUGAGACCUGCUUGCCCCCUUUGGGGUCAUCCUCUCAGCUGCUCUCUGGGAGUGGAGCUGGGGGUGGGAGUGGGGAGAGUUUCUGCUCCAGCUCAGAAGCACCUCUGCACUAGCAGGGGAGGAAGUGAGUCAGUGGUCCCCCAGUCACCAGCCCCUACCCCUAAGACAGGUGCUCUGCUUCCUCCUUCCCACCACAAGGCCUCUAGCCUCCCCGCCCUCCACCACCUGCCCAGACCUUUGUUGGGAGAAGUCAGAGGUGUCCUGAAUGGGACUCUGCUGAAUGGGACAGCUCCCUUAUGGCUGAAGUGUAGGGGGCUCAGUGGGAGAGCAGAGGCCCUUUUUAGCCCAAGGGGUGCAAGAGUUCUGAUUAAACCCUACCCCAUAGCCAGGAAGGCCUUGCCCGAAGCGGUGGGCAAGAACGGCCUCGUGCCUUCUCCCACAGUCCCUCUUCUCCAGCCGUUGCCCGGUACAGGGACACCACCCACCUCUGCCUCCAGGACAAGCCCACAGGCUGCCAUCUUCUCAGGCCCUGCUCUGCUGGGGGCUUAACAGGGAUCAUCUCAAUUUUUAUACACUCUUCUGAGGGAGGCCUAUUAGCCCAAUUGUGCAGAUGAGAACAGGUCUACACAGUUCAGGAAAGCCAAGCUAUCUGCCCUCCAACGCAAAGCCCAGGUCCUUAACCUGCUUCUUCCUGGCAAACUGGACCUGAAGCAGGUUGGGGCUGAAAGAUAAAUGCAUGGAUGAAAAAAUAAAUGAGUGAAGGGGCUUGUGGAUGCUGGAAGAGGCGGACAUCAAAGCCAGAUUGCCCCAGUCCUCCCCAGGGGUCGCUGCACAACCAGGGUCCAGGUGAAAGAUGGAGGGAAGGGGAUGGGGGGCAGUCUGGUCCCAGGGAUGGGUGUGAGGAACGCAAAGAACAUCCCCCAAGGUAGGCGCCGAGGUCUGGGCCCUGCCUCCCUCCUUGUCCAGCGCCCACAGACCCUAGUCCUUACUAGGCGCUCAAUAAAGAGUAGGUGAAAUUUUGGCUCAUCUGCAUUCCUGGCAAUUAGCGGGUACUCAGUAAAUGUUGACAAACGGAUGACUGUCCGCAGAAGGGUCCCCACCUGCGGCCCACUAGGCGCAGGGGGUUGGUGCUCGGCUCCCGCCUCCCCGCGCUGCCUAAUCUGCCCCUCGCAGGACCGCGCGGCGCGAGGGAACGCCCGGGGCGGGGCCAAUUAGGGGCGGGGCCUGCGGGCCCGAAGGGGGCGGGCCCCCGCCGGGGUCGGUGGUCUGAGCUGGGAGAGGUCUUGCUCCGAGCGUCGCGCUCCGAGGGGCUGGAGCGGGUGUGCGGAUGCUGGAAGUUCACAUCCCGUCGGUGGGACCCGAGGAUCCCAGGCAGAGCCCAGAGAAAGGCCACAUGGUGUUCCGAGUGGAAGUGCUGAGCCGCGGGCGCAGGCACACGGUGCAGAGGCGCUACAGCGAGUUCCACGCGCUGCACAAGCGGAUCAAGAAACUGUACAAAGUGCCCGACUUCCCCUCAAAACGCCUGCCUAACUGGAGGACUAGAGGAUUGGAGCAGCGGCGGCAGGGCUUGGAGGCCUAUAUCCAGGGUGUCCUGUACCUGAACCAGGAUGUGCCCAAAGAGUUACUGGAAUUCCUGAAUCUUCGGCACUUCCCCACAGACCCUAAGGCCAGCAGCUGGGGCGCCCUGGGGGAGUUCCUGCCCAAUGACAGCAGCUCCCAGCUGCACCACCGGCCUGUCUUCAGCUUCCACAGGGAUCCCUACAUUCGCAGCCCAUCCCCAGAGCUUCUGCCCAACGUGGUGGUGAAUGGCGUGCUCCAGGGCCUCUAUGGCUGCAGCAACGGGCCAGCUGAAGCUCAGCCGGAGGCAUCUUGUCACCCUGCUCCUUUGCCACCGAUGCCCUGACCAGCCCAGAGGCCUAUGGGCCACCU